CCGGACAGCACAGCCCCUGGCCCCGGCAGCCCCGGCAGCGGAGGAACACAUCCAGGCUUCCAGGCGCCGCAGCCCGCUGUGACAGUGGACCUAACAUCGCCUUACUUUGUGGACAUGGGAGACAUGGGGGAUCCGCCGAAAAAGAAACGGCUGGUGUCUCUGUGCGUGGGCUGCGGGAACCAGAUCCACGACCAGUACAUCCUCCGGGUCUCCCCGGACCUGGAGUGGCACGCCGCCUGUCUCAAAUGCGCCGAGUGCAGCCAAUACCUGGACGAAUCCUGCACGUGUUUUGUUCGGGACGGAAAGACUUACUGUAAACGGGACUACAUCAGGUUAUACGGAAUUAAAUGCGCCAAAUGCAACAUCGGCUUCAGUAAGAACGACUUCGUGAUGAGGGCCCGCUCCAAGGUCUACCACAUCGAGUGUUUCCGCUGCGUGGCCUGCAGCCGGCAGCUCAUCCCGGGAGACGAGUUCGCUCUGCGGGAGGACGGGCUCUUCUGCCGCGCGGACCACGACGUGGUGGAGCGGGCCAGCCUGGGCCCCGGAGACCCGCUCAGUCCGCUGCACCCCGCCAGACCGCUGCAGAUGGCAGCAGAACCAAUCUCGGCCCGGCAGCCUGCGCUGCGGCCUCACGUCCACAAACAGCCGGAGAAGACCACCCGGGUCCGGACGGUGUUAAACGAGAAGCAGCUGCACACGCUGCGGACUUGCUACAACGCCAACCCGAGGCCCGAUGCACUAAUGAAGGAGCAGCUGGUGGAGAUGACCGGCCUCAGCCCGCGAGUGAUCCGGGUCUGGUUCCAGAACAAGCGGUGCAAGGACAAGAAGAGGAGCCUGCUGAUGAAGCAGCUGCAGCAGCAGCAGCCCAAUGACAAGACGAACAUCCAGGGAAUGACGGGCACCCCGAUGGUGGCAGCCAGUCCGGAGCGGCACGACGGCGGCAUCCAGGCCAACCCAGUGGAGGUGCAGAGCUACCAGCCACCCUGGAAGGUCCUCAGUGACUUCGCCCUGCAAAGCGACAUCGACCAGCCGGCCUUCCAACAACUGAUGUUUCUGACCGCUGCUCCAUGUGUCCCGCAGGUCAGUUUCUCGGAGGGAGGACCGGGUUCGAACUCGACGGGCAGCGAAGUAGCGUCCAUGUCGUCCCAGCUUCCAGACACGCCAAACAGCAUGGUGUCCAGUCCCAUCGAGGCCUGAGCAGACGCGGCAUGGACGGACUGAACUGAACACACGGCUCUCGUUCAUCCCAUCCCUCCCGACUGCACCAAAACAACCCCCCCUGGUUGUAUUUUGACACUGUGAAGACAAU